AUGAGAGACCGCGUAGAAGAACUUGUCAAUAAAAUUACAACUGAAGAUAAAACAAAUGAACUGAAAAACAAACGUCUAAACGUAAAGACUUUACCAGCGGCAAUAAUAGGGAACGCAACACAACCUACUAGAUGUGACAGAAAUGCAAUGACUGAGUCUGCGGUAAGCUCGAUGGUAAAAGACACAGCUAAAGAAUGCUCUUCUAUCACUCCACCAAACAAACAGUCGUAUAACGAAAUUAGAACGGGCACGGUCCAAAUGAACGCCCCCUUUAGAGCAUAUCUCCCUCCUAAUGCAAAAGCAUUCCUGAGGGCUAGCAAAUUCUUCUUUAGCAACAAUGAUAUCAAGAUGAAAAAAGUUCCUGGCUUAAACCUCACCGAAUUACUGCCUUUUGUUGCAACUACUGAGUCAAAACACACUAUCCAGCAAUUGGGCAAGAACUUAAUUGACUCUAAUCGGCUUGACGCUGACUUCAUGUGUCUCUUCGCAAGCCAAAAUUUGCAAUUUGUGCAUAGCUAUUUUUUUGGUGCCUGUGGUGCUAAAGAAGACAAUUUAAGCACCCACUCUAAUAUGUGGGACGACAAAAAGAGAAGCUACAAACUUUUGGACAAAGUGGUAUUAAAGCUACUUCGUCACCAUAUUGCCCGCAAUAGAGAAUCAAAAUGUAUCUCGACCACAACAACAAGAAAACCACCUGGAAAGAAGGAUAUCAGACACCACGCGCGUUAUGUUUGCCGAAUAAGCCAAGCGCUUAAUAAUAACCAGGAAGCUUCCGCAGAACACAAGUUCAUUGUCCAGGAUCUGAACAGCACGGAAGGACAGCAAGAUUUUUUGGAAGAGGGGACUUUGGAUGAUGAUGUUCCGGAAAGGAGGUUGAAUUCAGUAAAGUCCAUAAUCAAACACUUGGUUUUUAGCAAUGUGACGUCUGUAUAUUUAGAAGACAUUAAACAUGAGUCUCUUGAUACCCCCACAGCUGAACAGUCGAGUGCACUAUGUGGUAUGAACACCACAAUUGAGUGGGGUACAGACUCCACAACCAGACACCGAUUCCUUAUUGCUAAUAGACACGGCAAGUUAACGGCCUUUGGUACUGUCAUACACCAGGUAAACGUACACGGCACACUUACACAAUAUAAACCAGCCAUUAAACAACAGGGAUUCUGA